AUGUCACUUCUCGGCAAGACAGCCCUCGUCACGGGCGCAGCCGGCGGCCUCGGGCUGGCCAUCGCGCGGGCGCUCCACGCCGCGGGCGCCAACGUCAUGGUCUGCGACAUCAACCCGGAGUGGCUCGCCCAGGCCGAGCACAAGUUUUUGCGGAGCCCCACGCCAUUGACGCCAGGCACAUCGCCCUCGCAGCCGCGGUCGUCGCCGCCGCCGUCCUCGUCUGUGAGUCCGCCGGAGGUGCGCUUCUACCCCGUAGAUGUCACGGUGGAGUCCAACGUCAAGGCGCUCAUCGAGGCUACGAUUAGUGCGUUCGGCGCGCUGCACGUCGUGGUGAAUAACGCGGCUAUCAUGGACCGCUUCGACCCGGCGGGGGUGUGUGACGGGGAGGUGUGGAACCGCGUGAUGAGUGUCAAUGCCACGGGGCCGUUUCUCGUGACGAAGCAUGCGCUGCCGUGGCUGCUGAAGCGCCGACCGCGCGUGGUCGAGGGCGACGGUACGGGUGCGGACCCGAUGAUGGUGGAUGACGGCGCGGAGCGGCAGGAGGAUGGAGAUGGCCGUGCGGGUGAUGGUGCCGCCGUUGGCAAGGAGGACGACACCGGACGGCUCAUCGUCAACAUUGCCAGCAACGCCUCGUUCAGGGGCCUGUCCGCGGGCGUGGCCUACACGGCGUCCAAGCACGCCCUCCUGGGGCUGACGCGCAACACGGCCGGCUUCUACGGCCCCAAGGGCGUGUCGUGCGUGGCGCUCGCGCUGGGCGGCCUGACCGACACGAACAUUAGCGAUGCUUUCGCUCUGCAGGUUGGGGACGAGGGAACGGAGGAUGAGCCCAAGUCGCGUCAUUGGGGGGUGAACCGCGAGGGCAUGGCCAAGAUGAUGGAGACGCAGCCGGGGAACCGCCUAGCCAAGAUCGAAGACGUGGCGCAGACGGUGGUUUUUCUGGCAGAGGGCGGAGGGCGAGGCAUGAAUGGCAGCUGUGUGACCAUCAACGACAACUGGCCCGAGGCCUGA